GGCGGCGCUGCCGCCAUGGCGGCCGCCUUCAAAACUGUGGAACCAUUGGAAUAUUACAAAAGAUUUUUGAAAGAGAACUGUCAACCUGAUGGAAGGGAGUUAGGUGAAUUCCGGGCAACCACUGUCAACAUAGGUUCAAUUACAACUGCAGAUGGUUCUGCCCUGGUGAAGUUAGGAAGUACCACGGUGAUUUGUGGAGUGAAAUCAGAACUUGCUGCACCUGCAGCAGAUUCUGCUAAUAAGGGAUAUAUUGUACCAAAUGUAGAACUACCAUCCCUCUGUUCAGAGAGGUUUCGCUCUGGACCACCUGGUGAAGAGGCUCAAGCAGCGAGCCAGUUCAUUGCAGAUAUGAUUGAAAAUUCACAGAUGAUAGUGAAAGAAGAUCUGUGUAUUGCAAAUGGCAAGCUUGCUUGGGUGUUAUACUGUGAUAUAUGUCUGGACUAUGAUGGAAACCUUUUGGAUGCCAGUGUCUUUGCUUUGUUAGCAGCAUUAAAAAAUGUACAACUGCCAUCGGUUAUUAUAAAUGAAGAAACUGGUUUAUCAGAAGUGAAUUUAAAACAGAAGACUCCUUUGAUUAUCAGAAAGCAUCCAGUUGCCACAUCAUUUGCUGUAUUUGAUAACACAGUACUCAUUGUUGAUCCAACUGCUAAAAAAGAAGAUUUAGCAACUGGAACAGUAACCACUGUCACUGAUGAAGAAGGCAGAUUAUGUUCUGUCCAUAAACCAGGUGGAAGUCUUCUUACAGGAGCCAAGCUUCAGGACUGUAUCACCAGAGCAAUUACAAGACACAAAGAAGUAAAGAAGCUGAUAGACAAAGUAAUAAAAAGUAUAAUGCCCAAGUGAACAAAAGGAGAGAGCUUUUCAAAAAUGGAUUUGUAAAAAUUGUAUUUGUUACAGUGUUCACAAACCUUUUAUACUAAAUAAACAAAUACCAAUACUACCUUUACAAAGUUCAUUUUUUCUAAAAUGUUUUUCACCCUAUGUACAGAGCUGUUGAGUGGUAAAAAAUACAAGAUAAAACAUUCUGUUAAAAAAUUGACUUAAGGAAACCAGAUCCUAGCUGCUUUAUAGAUGAAAUUUCUAGGUUCUGUAGGGCUGGCUUCCAAAAUCAGUUCAUUUUUUUUAGUGUAAUGUCAAAAGUUAAUUUUCCCACCAGUAAUAAAAACCACUGAUUUAACUUUAAGCUUUCUCCUUAUUAAUCUGAAAAAAAUCCCCUUUGAACCAAUUUUUUGGGGAGGAGGCAAGUCUCAUGAUUUUGGAGGGGCCGGUGUGCCUCUUUUCCUUUUACUUUUUGAGUGGCUGCCUGAAUGCUGUUGAUGGUGCAGGUGAGCUGCUUGUGCUGCUGCCGUUGCCAUAGCCAUUUGAUGCUGCAAGAAUCGCAACUGCUGCCAUGAAGGAGAAGGAGGAGAAAAAGCUUGUUAGUGUUGACUAUAAAGCUUUCAUGUCAGGAAGAAUGAGAGGAAGGUGGGGGGGGAGAGGGGAAGGUAGAAAAAUGAGGAAGCACCAGGUUGACCAAAGGAAUACACCAUGUACUGGGGCAGUGGGUACAGUCAAGCAGCACCAGUGGCACAGAAACCUGCUGAGGGCACAGCUAUCAUUUUAUAUGUGUAUGUGCCCAGCCUUGUUUCUUUGCCCUUUCUCUCCAUUGCAGUAACUUCAGUAACUCAGCAACUUCUGUGAAUAUUUAGGUCACAUAGUACAUUUUUAACAUAUUACCUUCUCAGUGUAUGCAUCGUAUGUAUUUUCUGUAUAUAUUACAAAGAGGGGACUGUGUGCUGAAAAAAUAUUAAAAUAUUUUCAUAAAGCAUCUGGAUGACAGAAUGGUAAAAGGAAUGCUUUGUAGAGCUGUUGCUUCCACGUGCUGAUUGUAGCAGUGCUGCAUUUGAACUUGCAGGUGCUUACAUUCAUGCCAUUUUAAAAUCUAUUGGCACCUGGCAGAGCUGAUUUAGAUAUGUGCCACAAGCACCCCUUGAAUGUUUUCGUAUCAGGAAGGUGGAUGGCUUAAAUGAAUAAAAAUAAAUUCAGUGCUCCAAGCUGAGAUAACCACAGAUUAUAAAUCUUGCAUAAUGGUUUGCCAAAUUCAUGUUUGUUUGUUUUUUGUAAUUUGUGAGACCAUAGUGACAUUAGUUAAAGAAGUCAAAAGGGCAAGAUUUUUGAUUUUGGAGCCAAGAAUUGUAUUUUUAGUUUUUUGGUUUGUUUGUUUGUUUUUUAAACACAGAGUGAAGUUGCUGGAUUACUUGUAUCUGUUGCUGCUGCUGCUGCAAGGCUUGUUGUUGCUGUUGCAAGCCAGAAGAGAGCUGGAGUCUCUGCUGAGGAAGGCUUUGCCCAGGUCUGUUCAUGGCAGAGCCAAGCUGAGACAACACUGAGAAAGGAGAAUGGGAAAGCAGGCAGGUCAAAGAGGUCGAGUUUGUCAGGGUUGGGGAAGGAAGACAUAGGAAUACAGUGUAA